UUGGACGCUGAGUAAGGCUUCACCUCUUGUUCUGUGCAGUUAUGUCUGCAGCAUGCAAUCACUCCUGUUAUCUCAAUAGAGGAGUUCAGCACCAUGGACAAGAGCAGCCAACGGUCUUAAAUAAGAUAAGAACUGCUGAUGAGCAGCAUGUCUUGAUCGAAGGCACAAUGGUGUUAGAAGCCCUAAUGGAGUUUAAACCUACCUCCUAUCAGUUUUCAGUUGUAAUAUUUAACCACUAAGCCUCGACUGUAAUGUUUAAGAAAAUCAACGCAGCUUUUCGUCCAAACCAUGGGCAUCGCUCACGGGACGGGUUCAGGAACAAAGAUGACUACCACAGCGCGUGCACUGUAAAGUUGGUGCGCAGCACGUCGAUGCUCGUGGUCGGGGAAAGCAAUCGAGACUCGACGCUGAAGCGAAGCAUGAGCGCCGUGAGUGUUGAGUCCAGUAUGGCCCUUUAUUAUUACCAGAGCCGAGAGGACCGAGUGUGGCUCUAUUCCCAGAACCAGAACUGUUUAGAGUACUUACAGGAGCUGGUAGCGCUCAGGCGUCAAUACACCAAAAGCAUCAACGACCUGAAUCAUGGGGAACGUAAAGAGAGCGCGUCCCGCAAGAAGCCCGCGCCACAGCCACCUCGACCGCGACAAAAAACAGCACAGUUUUCACGGCCUGAACCUUCUGCUCCACCAAUUCCGAAUGAAGAAGACACGCUUCAGUUCUUUGAUGCAAUAAUUGCAAGCUGUGAUCCAGAGCCCCAACGAAAACCCCACAUAGACACUGGACAUGCAGAUGUGGACUUUAUAGUGGCAACCAGUACCAGUGAGCAUGACCUUCACUCUAACUGGAUGCUUCGAGACCCUCGUCGAAUCUCUAUGACAGAGUCACAGCCCAAGUCUUCAGCUAUCAACCCUGGCCAAGCAGCCCAGCAGAAGGGAGACAUGGGGAGCACAAGCAGUAGGAGACGCUUGCAACGAAAUCCUAUCCACCUGCCCAAAGUGGUAGAGAGUGCUUUUCAGACGUUGCGGUUCAAACCCAAAUUGAAAAAGAAAGACUCCCAGCUUAAGUAACCGCACUGGAGGGACUUAUAUAUUAAUUUUAGUGCCCAAAGGACAAUAAAAACUCUGGACCAAUUAAAGGAAGCCUGGGUAAAGUGAAUAUACAACAAAAUUAUGCAAAGCUAUUGUGAAACAGAGAUGUAAGAAGUGAUGUAAUUUUAGUCUUUCAAAGCUUACUCACUGCCACAGCUUCAUAAAUUAUCCAUCAGAUCAGUUUCUUUCUCUGUAGCUCUCAGUAACCAACUUUAAAAGGCAUCACCAGAGCAUAACCACAUUGCACCGAUUCCUUGCAGGCUUGGAAACUUUAAUUUCCUUAGCACAAAUUAAAGGACUCAUUCGUAUAGCAUUUCUCAAAAUGCUGUUUUAAUUCAGCUUCAAUGCAGAAAACCAUAUGGAAGAGUCCAUGUCAAGUUAAACUUCCUACAGUUUUUUCUUUAGUCUUCCUUUAAUGUCUGUUUUAGUCUUUAGACACACAGUGAGCAAAGCCAAAGGCAACUGUAGCAAGGAACGAAAGAAACUUUACAUUUGUUAUUUCUGAUGCACAGACGUACAUUUUCUGUAGAGUAAAAUUUUGGAUCAGCUUGCUGUGGCUAUGCUUUCUUACAAAACACCUAUUAAAGUGGUAUUUAAAGUGCCUCGGAUAAAAGCUUUAUACAAUAAUGUUUAUGAAUGAUCUGCAUUUAUUUUUAA